AUGAAAGAUUUGGGUACUCUUCGAUAUUUUUUGGGGAUUGAAGUGGGUCAUUCUCCUAGAGGUUAUCUUCUUUUCCAAUCUAAGUAUAUUGGCACCAUCCUCGAACAAGCUCGUCUCACUGAUACUCGGACAACUGUUACUCUUGAGCUUAAUGUUCAUUAUACCUCUUCUGAUGGUGUUCCUUUGUCUGAUCCCACUUUGGAUCAUACACUUGUUGGCAGCUUGGUAUAUCUUACCAUCACUAGGCCUGAUAUUUUUUAUGCAGUACAUGUUGUUAGUCAGUGUGUUGCCUCUCCUACUACAGUUCAUUGGGCAGCUGUUCUUCGCAUUCUUCGUUAUCUUCGGGGCACUCAAUUUCAGAGUCUUCUUUUUCCCACAUCUUCUUCCUUGGAAUUACUUGCCUACUCAGAUGCUGAUUGA